UUGUCUGUCCAUGUUGUUUGUUGUUAGCUUUGCUCUUAUUUGGGCUUUGAUAAAUGCGUGCGGUAAUUUGAACAAAGACUGAUAGAAGCAGAUCAUUCUCCCCGGAAAGAGUGUGUGUGUGUGUGUGUGUGUGUGUGUGUGUGUGUGAAGGAGAUAAACGCGGAACUCGUGAAUUACGAGGGGGUGGUGGUGAGAUUUUGGUGGUUUAAAGAUGCUCAGGUCCUGAAUGGAUUCUUGUAGUGUCCAUCCGUGUAACACAAAUGUCCACCUCAAACGCUUUCUGGUUCAUUUCAGGUGCCUCGUCGACUGCGCCAUUUCUUUAACACCAAGCACAAUAACACUGAUACAUUUAACACGGCAAACUGUUGCUGUUUUCGUCAGACUGCCUGUAUUGCCCUUUUCCAGCAGUCGAUGCAUUAAAGUCAUACGAGGAGCAGCACCUGCUUCCUGCUUCUCCUUGCCAUUAAUGUUCGUGGAGAGAAAAUCAAACAGAGCAAAAGAAAAAAAGCAGAGAAGACUUGAAGAACGGGCAGCUAUGGAUGCAGUUUGUGCAAAGGUGGAGGCAGCCAAUAAGCUUGAAGAUCCUCUGUCUGCAAUGCCUGUGUUCAAAAAGUAUGACAGAAAUGGGCUAAACCUGGAGAUUGAGUGUAAACGGGUAACUGCAUUGAGUCCAGAUACAGUGGAGUGGGCCUAUGAGUUGACUAGAGCCAACAUGCAGACGCUAUAUGAACAGAGUGAGUGGGGAUGGAAGGAGAGGGAGAAAAGGGAUGAGAUGAAGGACGAGAGAGCAUGGUAUCUCCUGGCCCGUGAUGCUGGCUCCACACCUGUAGCGUUUUCACACUUUCGAUUUGAUGUAGAGUGUGGAGAUGAGGUUUUAUAUUGUUAUGAAGCUCAGUUGGAGAGUAAAGUCAGGCGGAAAGGCCUGGGGAAAUUUCUCAUCCAAAUCCUUCAGCUUAUUGCCAACAGCACGCAAAUGAAAAAGGUCAUGCUGACCGUAUUUAAACACAACCACGGUGCUUACCAGUUCUUUAGGGAGGCUUUACAGUUUGAGAUUGACGAAACGUCACCCAGUAUGUCUGGUUGCUGUGGAGAUGACUGCACCUAUGAGAUUCUGAGCCGGAGAACAAAGUACGGCGAGGCCUCGGGACAUGCGCAUGGGGGCGGCCACUGUGGAGGCUGCUGCCAUUAAGAGCGACCCUUCCUCUGUUGUUUUCAGAACUUCCUCAUCCUCAUUCCCUCCCCUGCUCCAUCACCCACAAUCCCCUCUUAGAAAGCCCUUAAGACAGUCUCUCCUGCCCAUAAUCAGCAAUGAAACCCCAUCGAUGCUUGCUCUUGGUUUUUAACUUAAAAAGCUCAUUCACCAUUUCACAUAGUAAGCGACGUUUUCAGU